AUGCGCAAACUCUUUGAGUUGAAAGACAUUGAAAGCAGUUACAACUCUCUUCUGAACGUUCCAAUUCCUCAGGAAUUACCAGAUUACAAUCCACCUUCACAAAACCAAAUUUUAAAAGUCAUUUGCAUUGAUGGUACAAUGUACUUGGAUGAGUUUCUUUGCAAAAAACUUGGUGGAUUGUUUGUAAAGCAUUUUACUUCAUGUGGCUCUUGUAAAGAAAGUCCACCCAAUACCACUUUGUAUGUCAGAACCACAAAGGCUAUAAUUCAGUCGAUUGUACGUCCGUUGUACUCCCACAACACACAGUCUCCUCUAUACAUCCAGAAAGUGUUUACCGUUGAAAAUGUCAACAACUUACUUUUCACUGUAUUUGACUUGCAACUCACUCUUAAACUUCUUUUGUAUGAGUUAAUCGACUGGAUGCGUGACCACCCAUCAUACACAAUACCUCCACAACUCGAGAGAAACGUAUUAAACUCUUUCGACUUCAAACUUCCACACGACGUUGUCAUCAUUUCAUUUCUGUACAAAAGACUGAAUUCAGUCUAUCUCAGAAGACAGUGCUUAGAGUCUUACAUCACCGUCAACGGUCUCUCUUCAUUAAAAGAGAACUCUCCAGAAAGUGCUGGCGGACUGACGUCUUAUGUUGUCUCACAAAUUGUUUCUGGUCGGUCACUCUUCCCUUCCAUCUUAUCUGAAAUACUUGCCGGGUUGAUUCAACCAACGGAGAUGUCUGGGAUACUCAAGUGCUGCUUGUAUUUAUUACAAGAUGAAAACAACAGAAAGAAUUUUGUUUUCAGAGGAAAUUUGGUGAGUCUUAUGAACAAAAUUGAUGAGAAGUCCGACAGUGAAAUCAAACUGUUGUUCCUUCACGUGUUCGCAAUUUGUGCACAAGAAACCGACGUUCAAACAAAAAUGUGGAACGAUGGCUUAUACAAGUACUCGGUGAAGAUUUCAGAAGCACUGAACACAGACGAGGGGUUCUACGACGUUUUGACCGCAAUCGGCGCGUACUCGGGAAACACCACAAACAACGCAAAUUUGAUCACUGAGAACGUCCACAGAUAUAUUCUUAAACACAUCCAAAGCAACUCAAAGGAUUUGAGAGAUUGUAUAUCCCUCAUUGCAACAGAAGCUCUGAACAAGAUGUUAGCCACAGUCCAAAUUAACAAAGAAGAUAAAGAAAACUUCUGUAAGACUCUACUGGAUUUGUUGGACGAAAGCAUGUAUGUGCCAACGAUUGUGAACUCGUUGCAAAUACUCAAAACUCUUGGAGGAGACAAUUCGCAAAAUAAAUUGUUUGGAAGACGGUGGUAUUCAUUCUCGCGCCUUGCAAAUAGAAUGCAAAACGAGAAGGAUAUUAUCAUCGGCAUAUUUUCAUUGUGUUGCAAUCGGUUCAGAGACAAAGUGACACCAGCGGAGAGUGAGGAGAUGCGUGUGUACACUGGGAUCAUGUUAAAUCACUUGGACGACGAGGAAAUAGUGACAUCUGGUAUCUCUCUCUUCCAAGUAGUGACCAAUGAGAACAAAUGGUGUGAAGUUGCAUAUAAGAACGGACUUCAUUUAGUCAUUGGGGAGAUACUCAAGAAGUACAAAAAGACUGAAAUGAUUGUGGUGUGUGCAAUCACACUCUUAUUCAACUUGAUCACGAACAAUCAAGGCAUCCACGAGAUGUACUCGAUGCAAAUAGGCGAUUCGUUGUGUGAUGAAAUGGAAAUCUUUCAACAGAACUCUUUAAUCCAAGACCACAGCGGGUGCGUGUUAAUUAAAUUGAUAACAAACACGCCGACUAAAGAGGAGAUAUAUCGUUGGGGGAAAAGAUGUUAUUUAGCGGCUCUUGAGUUUGUUGGGAACGCAACAAUCCAGAAGAACUCGCUUAUAUUGUCUUUGGCAUUUUUGAACAUCACAAAUGACUUUGAAAAGUUCAAUGAAGAGGGUUGGCUUGAUAUAUUUGAGAUCACAAUGCGAACGUACGAGUGUGAAGUUGCUGUGGAGUACCAUGGAUUGGAUUUGUUGUUAUUCCUCUUAAAGCGCCAGCAAUUGAAAGUCGAAACGAACUUAAUGGAAUACUUUUCUGUGGUUGCGAUGAAGUAUUCGUUGAGUCAAACGAUAUUGUCGUUGGUUUGUGAGUGUGUUUUCAAUUUGGUGUCACCGUCGUGUAAUGAGUGGAAGGAGAAUUUGUGUUUUUUGAAGCAACAAACAUUUAUGAUUAAUAUGGAAAAGUUCAUCAAUUUGUAUUCCAAUGACAUUCAACUCCAACUCCGCUUCCAAAUACUGAAAAUCUAUCAAGAAUUUGUCCCUACAGAUAAAGAAGACGUAAUGACAUUACACUACACGACACACGAAUUUUUGGCAUCAACACUCGGAAACGAUUAUAUCACAAAUGCUACGUUGGAGGAGAAAACAGUCGCAGACUUCUUGCAGAAAAUAUCGGAGUUCGAUUAUGACCAAGAAACUAUUGUGGCCGCUGUCGCAACACUUGCGGUGUUUUCACAUACUACACAAUUCACUUCUAAAGCAUUUGAUUUCAUCAAAAAGGUUGCAACAAGACUCUUCAAAACAGACUGCUCACAAACAAGAAAGUUCUGUGGACUCUUUUUCGCGUUUUUACCGAACAACAUUUACGAGAUAGAUGCCGUCGCUAAUUACACCGAAGCCAUAUGCAGCGCAAUGUUGGGUAACUUUUUAAUUGCUGAAAAGGAGUUUGACGUGUUGUAUGUUACAUUCAUUACGGUCACUAAAAUGGUCAAGAGCGUCACAACGUGCAAAAGUGUUGUGAACCAAUUCAAUGCAACAAAUACCAUUAACAACAUGAUUGAUAAGCUCAGAAAAAUCGCACCAGAGGAGAUCACAAGCGCUGGCGAUUUGCUCCUUCAAGCGAUUUGUUAA